AUGUUACACCGGCGAAGUCAGUCUAGCAACGGGUACACUUCUGAAUCAAACUUCCUCACCAAGCUACCGGUUACUGUAAUAGCCGCAGACGGUGGAACUCCUGCUUUGUCUUCAACUGUUGACGUUACUGUCAAUAUCAUAACGGGAUGUAGUAAGUUGCAAGACAGAUAUGGUAGUUGGCCAGUAUCGGAGAUUAAUAAUUCGGUUACAGUUCCAUGCGAGGAUUCGUACGGUGGAAACUAUACGCGAGUUUGCGAUGAAAAUGGUAGUUGGGGACCGGUUACUAGUUACUGUAAAGUAAAGGACACCGUACUGACAAAUCUGCAGCUACAGUUGAACUCUGUAUCAAACGCGUCUGGAAAUGCCUCUGGGGAAAUAGAGAAUAUUUUAGAAUCACUGUCUAAAAUUACAGACAACCAAAUAGACUCUGGAAUCAUAACAAACGUCACAGAUAUAUUAAAGGGAGUCUUGAACAUUGCUGAUUAUAUGAAUAUUACUGACAAUAGUACGGAGUAUUUUUAUGAGACAAUCAGUAACGUCCUGAAACCUGAAAACGAAGAAGCUUUUAAGCAGGCUGAUGUUGACGGAAGUGUUGUUCUAGAUGUAGUGGACAAGUACAUGCUUUUACAACAAGAAACCAAGUGUAAUAAUCUAAACACCGGGGAUGUCAAUGAAAUAGAAAACAAUCAUAUUUAUACAGAAAUUGGUAGAAUAUCUGGAGAAGUUUUAUUUCCUAACAUCAAGCGGAGCGAAACAAACAUUGAUAUAAUGGAAAACACUCUCACAAAUUUAGGUAUAACAAACGUGUGUUUCGGAGGCGCCUACUACAAUUCCCUUGGUAAUGUUAUGGAGAAUCAAGUGACACUUGAAGGACAAGGGAGUGCAUUACCCACGGGGGAAGUAAAUUCUGACAUCAUAUCUCUUCAACUACUAACAGACCCAGGUGUCUCGCUAGAUAAUUUGGACCCACCUGUUCGUAUUACAUUCACACUUAUAAAUGGUACUUAUACUGAUCCAAUCUGCGUAUUUUGGGAUUACAACAUAACAACUGGGCAAAGCAAGAGAGGUGCAUGGUCAUCAAAGGGAUGUGUUUUAGAAGAAAUAACAAAUGUGACGGCAAAAUGUGCUUGCAGUCAUCUUACAAAUUUCGCCAUCUUGAUGAGUCCAUCCAAAAUUUCUGCCCAUCACUCUUUGAUACUUGGUAUAAUAUCUGCCGUAGGCUGUACAAUAUCGAUGAUAUGUCUGGUGCUGACAAUCAUUGCUCAUCGAAUUGUUUGGAGUGUUGUACGCAGUAAUAGGACUAUAACUUUGAUGCAUUUAUGUGUGGCACUGCUGCUCGCAUUCGGUGUGUUCCUGGCAGGCGUGAACAGAACUGAGAGCCGGGUGGCGUGUAUCAUCAUUGCUGCGCUUAUCCAGUUCUUGUUCUUAGCUGUUUUCUUUUUAAUGUUGUUUAUUGGUGUUGAAAUAUUGUUGAGUGUUGUGCAAGUUUUUGGAAGUAGGUUUCGAUUAUCACGGUUACUUCCCUUGGCUUGGCUUGCACCUCUUGUUAUUGUCGGAGUUUCAUUGGGCGUCACUAAAACAGAAGGCUACGGAAAUAAAAAAUUUUGUUGGCUGGACAUAGAUUCCGGACUUAUUUGGUCAUUUAUAGGACCUGCCGCAGCUGUUAUCUUGGUCAAUGUAAUUAUAAUUGUGAUCGUCUUCAAGAAAAUGGCAUCCGCAACGUUUGUGAAGUCCAAAACAUCAACCACAAAAUUAAAAACCUGGCUUCACAGUUUAUGCGUGUUACUUCCUAUGUUGGGGAUAACAUGGUUGUUUGGUUUGUUGUCUGUGAACAGCGACAUGUUCAUACUGCAGUAUUUCUUCAGCAUUUUCAAUUCUUUGCAGGGUUUAUUUAUAUUCUUGUUUCACUGCGUCUUCAACAGACAGAUCCGCCAGGCACUCACACAUAGAAAAGAACGCAGACGAACGUUGGCCUCGUUUGAAUCUGAGAUUAGGAACACAACCAAGGACGAACAUUCUAAAAGUGCUCCUGAUCCAGUUAAAAAGACCGGCCCAUCAACAAGAUUUGAAGAUGUUGAUUAACAGUGCAUAGUUUGCAUGAUGAAAACUGCUUACACGGAAAUAUCACAGAUAUAGGAGUGUUGAAUUGACAUUAUAAUAAUCAUGUUCUUAAUAAAAACAUAUACUUAAGUAUUUGUAUAUAUGUUCUGGAAUGUUACAAGAU